AAAUAAAUGGUUGCUCUGGUUGUCAGAAGGGGCAUCGGCCUCGUAACUUCCGAAGGGAUUCGGCUUUCAUCAUGAGGCGUCAUAAUUCUUCUAAAUGAAGACCUGACUCCCAGGGCAGAGUUUAAAAGGUUUGAAUAAUUUUUUCUGGUUAGCGUUUUUUAGCGAGUUGGUUUUCUACGGGAUGGGGACGCUAACCCCAUGCCCAACCCUCCUCCUUUAACCGGGCUUGGGACCGGCAGUAGCCCUCGGAGCGACUCCAGGCGGAGUUAUAUAUAUAUAUAUGCCACACUUCAUCAUUCCAUUUGUGUGAGGUCUGGGACACUACCCAGGUUCCGAAACAGAAGCAGUUGGUUUUCGUAGGGGGUGACACCCGUAGCCUUCGACCGAAAGGUCUGAUCCACAAGGAAGUGGAGCAACGUAAGGAGAUGCAGUCCCAUGGUAGAUGGUGGCCAACAAUAGGUUCAUACACCAAUUGUUCUUUCAGGAUCCUGGAGGCCAUGUGCACUAUUGGUUUGAAAUGAGGGUUUCCCAACUCCCCUAGGUGUAAUCUCUAUAUCCACCAGCCUGGUUAAAGCGCCGGAUAUUGGUUUUCGUCCUCUCGAUUUCGUAAUCACUGCGGGAAGGUAAUGAGUAGGACUUGCGUGGCUGUGGUUGUAUAUGCGUGUCUAUGUGGGAGAGCUAACUAUCAUCACCGUCAGCCGUAACAAGGCAUUAGGGGGCAAUUAGUAAUCAUUCUGUUUGUGUUUUUUACAUCCCUAGGAAAUAUCUAUACUAGGUAAUUAAUCUCUUUGUUAUUGUUGUAAAAUGUUACUAUUCACUUUGAAUGUGGAUUUUAUUCCCAUUAAUUACAUUGUUUCCCACUUGUUUCUGUUUUGAUAAGAAGAAUAUAUUUCUAAACUUACAUUUUUCAGCAUACUUUCUACCUUUAAUUUGUCGCUGAAUUAGGUAGUGUUAUCAAUGAACUCACCAGAUAAGGAUUAUUGUAUUCAGCUUCAAGUCACAUUAAAUGUAAGCGUUAGUUGUGCUACUCGGUUGUCUAAACGUAAUUAGAUGAAACAGAGUUUGAGCCUGGGACUUAGUGUUUAGGUGAACGCCUAAACCACUGAACCACCACCCCAUUACAUUGGUUGAAUUCUGAUUAUAUCUGGAAUUGGAACUGUACUCAAAUCGCUUGAUUGCUUUCAAUGUUCUAUAGUAUUAAUCUCUAACUCCUUGUAUUCUUAGGAAAUAUGUAGUUACAAAUUCCCACUACCGGAGACGAUGUUGUGUGUGAUGUAAGGUGCAUUCUUUUUGGUAAUCCACUUGUGUGAUGCAUUCAUAUUUCGACAAGAUAUCAGUGAAAAGUUUGCUCAGAAGUUUGAUUACUCGUACACCAUGGAUUCCAUAGUUAGUAGUGGUUAUGCCGUUCAUAUGUAAACGUGUGUUGUUGUCGACUAGUUGUUUUCUAUGCAUGUCUACUAACAGAUUGUACGCGCUGAGGAAAUCUGCACCGAGAAUCGGCUGUUUGACUUGCACUACAAUUAAGAUCCACGUGAAGUGCCUUCUAAGUCCGAGGUCUAAGAUUAGAGACUGCUCUCCGAAAGUUUUGGUAAUUUUUUCGUUGGCCGCUUGCAGUGAAACCUUGCUAUAUGUGGUGUGUCGCCGUCGUGAGAGCUCUAAUUGGAUGAUGAUAAUUUCAGCUCCUGUAUCGACUAAGAAGUCGGAUCCUAAAAUAUGACCCCUGAUAUGAAAAAGACGGCUUGCCGAGUGGCCAGCAACAGUCGCCGCCAUUACUGUCUGGCCGGCCCGUUUCCCUGAGUCUCUUGCUUGUUUGUUGGGAAGGUGCACGGUUGUGUGCAGCGCCGUGCUUUCUCACCAUAUUUCUGAUGAUAUCAACAAAUUCCGGUUGUCCGCUUAGGUGGCCUAGGGAAAUGUCUGGAAAAUGAUCUUUUAGGCGAGGAUCUAGUUGGUCUGAAAUGGAUCGUUGCAAUGGUGGCCUGCAAUGUUACCAACUGCCUUGUCAGCUGUGUUAACUGUUGUCGGAAGCUGAAUGUGUUACACGUAUCUUAUUUACUGGCAGUUUGUACCGAGUUAACACCGUGAGUAUCUGGGUAGAUUUCCAUAAUCUUGUCCGCCAUAUCUACUAAAUCUUCUAGAUUGACGGAGUUCCCAGACACUGUGAAUUUGCCUCACGUUAUGUAGUAGGCGUUGAAACCACAUUUAUUUAAGCAGGGUUUCGUCUAGUUUAUAUGGACCUGCUAGUUGCUUCAUAUGCCGUAACGACUGCCAUAGUCUUUUGUCUCCUAAUUCGCAUGAUGUUAACAAUUGCUGUAAACGUUUUUCGUCGGAGACUCAUGUGCGUUGUAUUACCGCGGUUUUAAUUUUGUCAUAAGGUUCGCUCUCUGGCACUUGGUCGAUUAAAUCCCCGACUUCGGCGGCGAUUUCAAUAGGGAGUGCACCAACUACGUAAACAUACUUCGUUGCCUGAGAGCGUAUACCUCUAGCUAUGAAUCAAGCCUCUAUUUGUGCAAACCAGAUCCUCGGGUUAUUAGCUCCAUAUGCUGGGAGUCUGAAUUCAGAAAGAGCGUUAACUGAACUUAAAAUAUUGUCGUCAGAAUGUGAUAGUGAGUUAAGGGCAUUUACUGGAGGAGAGUCCAUGUCAAUAAGUUUGUUUGGAGAAUACAUUAUUUGAAAAAUAAACCAAUGUGUCAAGUAAAAAGAAAAGCAAUAUGACAAUUACAAUAAACUCGAGGCUUACCAGAUAAUUAUGGUGGACCAAACAAUAUAUGAACUCAAAAAUAGCAAUAAAGUUACUGCGUACAAGCAGUAAUGUUAUAAUAUAUUAGUUAUAAACACAAGAAAAAUUAGGGACGUUACUUAAUUCAGCUUGUAGGACAGAUAUUUACAACUGAUUGAUCACAGUGCAGUGAUGAUUGUCACACUGCAUAUUCGUAGACAUAAUACGAUCAACUGUAAAGGUUUAGACAAAUAUGAUAUUGAACACCACUCAGUAACUAGCCAAUUAUAUUUAAUAAUGGUGUUGGCAUUGACAAUUAUUUAUACGCACAUAUAGCAAAGAAGGUAGACUUAGUUCACAGAUGUAUCCUCUAAAUUUUAGUCCCUUUAAUAUUCAAUUCAACGGAUACAACUUACAAUACAACUGUAUGUAUAAAAUGACCACAUCUCUGCUUAUUCUGUCCAGCUUGACGAAAAUCACGACAGCAUCAAGAAUGUUUUAGGUUGACUUAAUUAACUUUAACUCUAAUUAUACGUGGUUUGAUAUGUAGCUCGGUAUGAUACCAUUGUUACACAUACAGAUACCCAAAGUCUUUAACUUUUUGACUGGGAAUGCUGUUAUAACUUGUGGCCUGAGUGCCCUGUUAAUGUAUAACGUAACGAUCCCACCAAUUAAGAAGCAGUGAAUUAUCGAUCGGAUCAGUGACGCGUAAAACCCGUAUGAGCAGUCUAGAGUGCUUAUCGGUUCUAAUUUCUGCCUAAUACAGUCAGUUAAGUCCAGAACACCAAUCAGAGCCUGUGCGAUAUGAAUCAUGUAUUUCAAACAUACUCGGUUUAUAUAAAAAACAAGCAAACCACAUUGUACCAAUAAAGUAUGAAACAACAUUUGUACAAGAAUUAGCCAGAUGUGGCUGUGAAUGAGGGAGGUAGUAAUUAAUAUACUCAAGAAUUGUAAAACGUAUAAUAAUAGUUUAUGGGUCAAAAUAAAGCUUAUAAUAAGAUGAAUAUGAAUAUGCAUAGUUUAGUUACUUAAUAAUUAUACAAUAGAAAUAUACGUUUAGUAUUGGUCCAUAAAUGGAUCCAUAAAGUUACUAUUCAUUAUUCUUGUCGGGACAUACCAAAUGUACAAAUAAUUUCGUUCUUUUUGGACAAAAUCUUCUGAUUCACUUGGACAGCAAUUAAAAUACUUUUUGUGAUGCGGUUCUCUACUCCACCUACGGUCCCGCGCUCAGGAAUCGAACUCAGAACCUUUGUUUUUACGCGAACGCUUAACCAGUAGAUCACUAUUCCGGUAUCCAACGUUGUUAACGGCUGAUGUCAACUUAUUCACUAUGUUCAUGAUUUAAAUGAAAUCUAACAAUAUCCACAACCGGAAACAGAAAAUUAUCAUGUGUUUAUUAGUGAAUAGCUUCGAGAGGUCAUUCUUGGAGUUCUAAUGAGAGUGGAGUUCAACCGUGUCGGGUGUGAAGCAGUUAUUCACCGAAGACAAUGGGAGAUGAUCGCGCGACACCGUGGAUUGGUUGAAGUUAGACAUUAAUCAUUGGAUAGUGGUUCAUUGAUCUAGAGUUUGAGCGCUCACGCAAGACCGAAUGUCGUGGUUUGGAUUGACACGUGUAAGAUGGUGGAUGCGUGUCGUUGAGUGGUUUGAUAUUCUGACAAAACGGUCGUCUAGUGCGUUCAGGUUUUCAAUGUUGGUUUAACAUGGGUCGUUUCACGAUUUCAAUAUAACUUUACUUUCUACAAGCGAUUCAUUCUUAUGAAGCUAUAUUUACGUUUAAGCACUUUAAGCAUAAGACAUGCCCAUUGUUCUCCUUAUAUAUAUGCAAAGAAACAUAAAUAAAAUGAACGAUUUAAUAUCGUAGUAUCUUCAAAGAUUUUAAAGGCCUCCUACUAUGGCACUCCAACUUUCCAAAAUCAGGUUACUUUCAGGCACCUUCAGUAAAUCUAGUCAUUAAUAUAACAACUGUAUUCAUGAUUACUAUCCAGCAAAUCAAUAUAUUGACGUGUAUGGACAUGUUUGAGACACACAUAGAAUGUAUGUCAUGCCUGAUAACUUGAAUUUAUUAUUAUUCUUACUCACAGAUGGCAUUGUAAACAAAAGAAAACUUUGUACAAUAAUGUACAAUUCAACAGACAAUUUAAAUAAUAAAAGUACUCUACUUUAAACCAUACUCAUUUUUGUGUAAUGGCCAUUGAUCCUGGGCCUGAAAUCGAUAAAGAUUGAGUGGUAUUAAAAUCUACCAAUUAGAUAAUUUUCAACCAUCUAAUUGUUAAAAGAUCCAAUUUUCAAUCAUUAGAAUGCAGGUUUGAACCCUGUUCUAUUUUUGGUUUGGUUCCGGAGUAAUAUCAUUAAGUCUCAUACGAAAACAUAAAGAUAGCAUAUUGCAUACAUUGCGGAAGUGAUUAAAAUAAUUAGAGAGGAUUUUGUGGAGAUUGUAGUAAUUUAAUCAUUGAAUUCAUGAGUCAAUUGAAACUAGACCAUCAUGGAAAAUCUAGAAGCACUGGACAGCCGUUUCUUCCUAGUAUGGAAUCCCUCAGCAGUGCGCAUCCAGCAUCUCACCCCGCAAGAUUCGAACAAAAUUAUUAUCGAUUGAACGCCUAGUUACUGGUUAACACAACGUACAAUCCUCUCUGAAAUGAGAUUUUUUAACGAAAAUUAGGGAUAGUGAAACUAAGGGAUAGAUUUAGCCCAUAUAAUCAUUGACUAUUAUUCUGUGCUGUAUCAGAUUAUGUGGAAUUUCUUAGUAGGAUCUUCAAAACAAUUAUUGCCUAUAUUUGAUGAUAUUGUAUGAUAUGACCGGAAAUCUUCACUUAUUUUGUUUCGUUUUCUUGGAUACUUGAUAUCAUUUUCAUACCUCUUUUUCUUAUAUUGUAUAUUAUAUCAUUCUGUAAUGUUGCAAGUUAUUAUAACAUAGACCAGUUCACAUUUGCCAUGGGCGCCAUGUUGCAUUUAAUUGUACUACUUUCAAAUAAAUCACUGUUGCAUUGUGAUGUGGUGAGAAAUCAUAACUUGGACAGCAGUAGACCACUGAAAACUUAUCAUCGAUUAACUGAUGUUAUCUAUCUAUCUCUUGCUCACUACAUUAAUUAUUAAUAAAUACUAAUCAUUGUUACCAGUGUUUGAUUACGACUUGACGUGUUUGUCAGUCAGUCAGUCAGUCAGUAACAACGUAGAACUUCGUACAUACGUACAUCAGUUCGAGUUGCCAUGACACAUUAGCACACAGAUGGAAUUGUCAAUUUAAAUCCUAUAGUAGUUGACGUGUUUGUGCAUGUGUGUGUGCGUGUAUGUAUUGACACGUCUCCUAUCAAGGAAUGGAACUUUUUUUAUGUUUGAUAACAUUGAAUGAUCUCAUAUCUAAAAUGUUUAUGUUUUAUCGUUUUGAUUCUAGUCAAAUCGUUGGAUUAAAUCAUCAUGACAAAGAAGAAACUAUCAGAAAAAUACAAACAGAAACUAUCAAAACAUCCUAUACCUAAAUCAAAUAAUCCACAAGGAAUAACUGUUGUUAGUGAAUUUGUUCGACAAUUUGUUCGACGUCAUGUUAAUGAAAAUCAACGUAAUCAAUCUGAUUUAUAUUGGCGUCCAGGUUCUAAUAUUAGUCAUAAUAUAAAUCUAUUACCACAAUCAACAAAAAUUCAUCGAUUAAAACAGAAACAAACGUCUAUCACAAAUGACAACCCUAUCAAAAUGAAUCAUUCUAAUAUAAAGAAAAAAUCUUUCAAUAAAUCAAUAAUCAAUCAAAAACCAUCAAUUAUAUCAAUGAAUUUAUCCAAUCAAUUACAUAAUUUAUGGAAUGGUUAUUUUCAAUCUGUUAUGUCUAUUCUUCCUACUAAAUUAAAUGAUCAUAAUUGUAGUAAUUUUAAUUUAACAAAAAAUUUAGAUACAAUAUUACGUUUGAAUUUAAUUGGUGCUCAACUUAAAAUUCUACGUUCAACAUCAUGUCGAGCUGGUAUAGAAGGUAUUGUAGUAAUGGAAACAAAGAAUACAUUUUGUUUAGCAAUAAAUUCAUUACAUAAUCAAUCAUCAAAUGAAUCAUUAGUAACUCUUACUACUGUUCCAAAAUUAGGUUCAUUAUUUUCACUCACUUUACCUCAUAUUGUUAAUAAAUCAAAUAAUAAUCAUAAUAAACAUCAAAAAAUUGAAAUAUUACUUAAUGGUGAUCAUUUAACACAUCGAUCAGUUGAUCGAGCUAUACGUAAAUGGAGAUAUAUACCAACAACAGCAUAUGAAUAUAAUCAAAAUGCAUUAACAACUGAAGCUAUUUUAUCGAAUGUACUCAUUGAUAAUGUAAUAAAUAGAUGAUUAUUUGAAUUAUUUUGAAUUUAUAUACAGGUAAUUUGUUGUAGUUGGUUUUCAGUUUGGACUUUUUUUUGUAAGUGACUCAAGAAUUGAUUACGUUGUCAGUGAGAGAGUGUGUGUGUGUGACGAUAACUUCAAAUUUUUAAGGUAAUUAUGGUUGCAUCCGUUACUUAUUUACUUACGCCUGUUACUCCUCGUAGAUUAGCAUAGGCCGCCCACCAGCACUAUCCAUCCAACCCUGUCCUGGGCAAUUCUUCCCAACUCUUUCUAGUUGUUAUUCAUCCUUUUCACAUGUGCUUCCAUUUUCCGACGUAAUGUGUUCUUUGGCGUUCCUCAUUUUCGCUUCCCUUCAGGAUUCCAAGUUAGGACUUGCCUUGUGAUGCGGUUUAGUGAUUUCCGUAAUGUAUGUCCUAUCCAAUUCCAAUGUCUUUUCCUAAUUUCCUCUUCAUAUAGAAGUUGGUUUAUUCUCUCCCACAGAAGGCUGUUGCUGAUGGUAUCCAGUCAACGGAAACUGAAUAUCUUACGUAAACAACUGUUUAUAAAUACUUGUACUAUUUUGAUGAUGAUUGUAGUAGCUUUCUGUUGUAUUUGGUCGUCGAUGAUUGUUGUGCCGGAAAAAGCCGCUGAUCACUUAUAUUCGGAACGAGGGACUUCCACAAUUCCCACGACGCGAAAGUAAGAAUACAAAGACUGUUAUAAGUGAUGAUUUAUUAACCCUAAAACACGAUGACGAGUACAACGACUCUAGUAGAAAAUACACUGGUUUAUAUAUUGAUUGUACACUCAUUUUGAUUAAUAAUUAGGAUUAAAUCACAUACUCAGUUAUAACAAAUCACAGACUGAGCAUAGUUCAUUUCAACUGAAUACAAGAUUAUCGUAUAUUAUACAGAAGAAAAUAUCAUACUUGGAAAACAAAUCAAAUACUACACUGAAUGAACGUCACGUUGAAUCAAAACGGAUAUUGAAUGUUGAACAAAACUCAUAAUGAGUAGAUCCAUCGAAAAUUGAUUUUUCUUUCCAUCAUAUCAAGCAAUAAUUAAUCUACUAGGUAGAACUCAAGAAUGGUCAAUCGUAUAAUAAUAUUUCAUAGGUCAAAAUAAGGUUUAUAAUAAGAGGAAUAUGAAUAUGCAUAGUUUAGUUACUUAAUAAUUGUACAAUAGAAAUAUACGUUUAGUAUUGGUCCAUAAAUGGAUCCCAAAAGUUACCAUUCAUUAUGUUUAUCGGGUUUUAACAUUUUCAAAAAACAUUAUUAUGCAACUGAAUACAAUGGUCUUGUGUAUGUUUCAUUGAUUGUGAGCACUUGACAGAAAAUCAACUAUAGUUGCUAAUACCUUGAGAUGGUGGUCGGGAUUGCCUAUUGCGAUGACUAAAUCGAGCCAUUUCAGUAUAAAUACUUUUGUCUAUACAUCUUACAAUGUCAAGCAGAUCGGUUGAAAAGCGCUAUCAUGUUGUUCAAUAUACGGAGAUUUUCAGUUCUGCUUUGUUGUCACUCUCUAAGGACAAUAAGACCACAACUGAUUCAGUUUCCUUUUUAAGUGUUACCAUUAAAUCACAAGUAUUUAAUUGAUGAUAGAUAGUGACUAACAGUGGAAUCCAGAGCAGGUUUAAGGCUCGUCAGUUCGUUGUCCCUCUAAUUUAAUAUUGGUGUUCACUCUGAGAAUGGAAUCCAGUCUCUUUUGAGGCAGUCCACCUAGGGCAUACAUGUCACAGAAGAGAUUGAUUGGGAUGUAAACAAUAACAAGAACGAAGAGAUUCAAAUAAAUCAUAAAAUUCAUCGCUGUUGCACCGAUGAUUGUAUUUCUAAAAUUAGUAACUCAAUAGGUAAGGUAUUGGGGGGGGGUUGAAACGAAAAUUUCUGGAUUCUAAUCCUAGUGUGAACAUGAACUCUAUGACAUGGGUAAAUUGAACUGAUGAGCCCCAUUUGGGAUGAAAUGUGCAUCCUAGUUUUCACUGUUGGAUACUAUUCACUUUAACUAAAAAAUACUUAUGGUUUUUGUGCCUAUAUAAAUAAAUGUAGAAAAGAAAACUGUAUAUUUUAUACGAAAAAACAUGCACAAUCUUCUAAUUUGACCUAAAACAUGUAUUGAUUUUAAUACGGACUUUACUAUUUUGUUAUGUAAUGUUACCAAGAAAGCAUUGGUAGAUUUUCGAACUAUGUACCUAACGUGAUUGGAGCUUUUUUAAAUAAGGUUAUAUUGAAUCAAUUAACUAACAAGUUAAUGAUCUCGUCAAUGAUGAACUUGUAGUGACCUACUUUUAUCAAGAGAACGCGAUUGGUUUAAUGGAAACAAUUAUUAUUAUAACCAAUUGUACCAGUGGUUGUUUUACUGUACUAAAGACAUUCUUCCUUCCGUUGAUUGUGACCCUGUACGAAUUCGGUUACGCUCAGUAACCACACUUGUACUCCUUUGGCACGAUCUCGGUAUCCUUUCGAUACCACGAGAUCGCCAACAAAUACAUCUCGACUAUAGCCAUCAACUGCCUUCUAAUAUUUGGCUUACGGGGGAUCUUAUCGGUUAACUGGCACUUAGUCUUCUUGUAGUGAUGAUCAUAGUCAACCGCGACUUGACGCCACAUUACAAACUUAAGAUGAAUAGUGUUAGUUAUGUUAUGUAGUCUGAAGACUAUAUAAGGUAGAAAAAUGAUUUAAAUAACUAUGUUUCAUUCUAGGUUAAAAAUUGUUUAUCAUUGGUAAAAUAGUUUUGUUUAGUCCAUAAGUCAAUGAAGCAAUUUUAGAAGAUACAGUCCCAUGGUAGCCGGUGACCGACAAUAGAUUCAUAUGUCAUUUGUUUCCUUAGGAUCCUGAAGCCUAUGUAUACUAAUGGUUUGGAAUGAGGGUUUUCCAACUCCCCUAGAUGGAUCCUCCGUAACUACCAACCCGGUUAAAGCACCGGAAGUUCGCUUUUCGUCCUCUCGAUUUCAUAAACAAUACUCGUAAUGCAAGAAGGCAGUGAGUAGGACUUGCGCGGCUAUGGCUGUAUAUGCGUGUCCAUGUGAGAGCAUUUGGGGGCAAUAAAUUUAUUAAUUUUGUUACUGAAUUUGUAUGUACAUAUAUAUUGUUACAUGUACUGUAAUAUGUUUCUAUAACUAAUUAUCUAAUUAGCAUUGCACAGUUCAUUUACUGAAAGAGUGUCAUCUGUUCGGAAGUUUAAUUGAUUUUACACAAAUUUGGGUACAUUUUAUGUAGUGUCUAUGACUGAAAUACAUUACACAUGUCGAUAAUCAAUGCUCAGCCUUAAGGUUCCGUUCAUCUUUAUUACUAACAUAAUUAGGCUGCCCAAGAUGAUAUGGACAAAGUGAUUAUAUUACGUGCUAACAUGACUUGUAUCAUAUCAUUAAGAGCUUCUUUAUACUGUACUGGUACAUGACCAAGAGAUUGGCUAUAUACUUAUGCAUUUCGAUUGUUGAUCUGAUGAACCACAGCUUUCAUGUGUCCGAUAACUUUUGACUCCCAGACAAUUACAUCAUAAAACCUUUUGAACAUUCUUUUCAACAUUUUCACAUACUCUGAAGGGCAGUUCGCAAGUGAGGGCGACAUAUCAUGUCUCCAUUUGAUCAGCUUUAAUCGUUAUUUUAAAACUGGGAGUGUCUUUCCCAUUGUAACCAUCCAUUUUCCGAACUGAAUUCCGAACAGUAAGUUUAUUUUCUCUUAAGUUUAGAUAUCCUUCACAUAUUGUUAACAAGUCCUUCAGUACCAUCGGUAGGUAACUAAAUCAUGUCCUAUAUAGGUAAACUCGACUGGUUACAGCUUCUCGACAGAAUUUCGUGGAGCUCCCUGUUGAAGUUAGUUGCCUGUGAGUAAAUGAUUAUUGAUGUAAUGGCUGAGUGAAGACUGUUAAAUUUUAUAGUUUACAUCACUAACUGACCAAGUGUGUAGUUAAGCGCUUGCGAAUGAGACAGAAGAUCCUGGUUUCGAAUCCCGUCUGCGGGAUCGUGGAUGCUCACUGCUGAGCAGUCCCAUACUAGGACGAAACGGCUGUUCAGUGUUUCCUGGUUUUCAGUGAUUGUCUAACAUCAAUCGACUUAUGAAUUCAACUACUAAAAAAUUAUUUAUUAAGACACUUUUAUAUGAAAACUAAAAGGUCAACCGGACAAAUUAAAAAAUAGAGUACACAAAACCAAUGUGAUAAUCAUUGUGAAUAAUAAAUCAGUAUUAUCAGGGUAGAUUAAGAGUAAAAACAAGUUGUUUUUGAACACAUAAAGGAGGUUCGUAGUUUUCGUAUAGCUAAGGCUUCAAUAAACCGUGGUAUAUACCCUUGAAGGCUUUUGUACAACACUACAAAUGCUGGCUUGAUAUCAACCUUAUGAACAAUCUCAACCAAAUGUUUCUCCUUGGUGGAAGAUAUCUGUUUAUCUUGUGAUCAUAUUUGACCAUUGGAACUUAUUUGUUUCUGUAGCUAUGUGCUCCGCUACCCUUAAUUGCAAAUCACGAUUACUCCUCCCUGUGUACAUGUUUCCGCAAAUAAAAAUAAAUUAGUAAACACAAUGGUCCCAUCAAGAAUAAUGAGUGAAUUAAUUGUUGGGCGAGACUAUAAUUUAUGGACGACCUUUGAACGAACCUUAAGUGAUCUUGAGAAAUAUUAGUCAAUCAAAAAACAGGUAGUAUAGAGUAAAAAUAUGUUAUACAAAACCAAAGAAUUAAUGUGCACAUACUUCGUUAACAUGGUUUAAAAACUUUUCAAGGUUGGAAAGAGGUUUAGAGGUUCUGAAAUUGUAAUACAUACGAUAGGGGAAAUCAUCCAUAUAACUCCAUAAUAGUCGACUUCUGGAGCCAUGAUAAGGUCGUAAAAACUGUUUUAGCCACGACCACAUAGCUUCAUUAUUGCUUGUGUGCACUCCGGUUGUUGGGUUCGCAAAAUGCCACUUGUGGAUAACAACACGCUGCAUAUAAUCAUGUUUAUGUAGGCAUCUGUAUGUUCUCCAUCCAUGCGUAUUACUAGUGCUUUUAUUAUCCAGUUCGGAACAAUUAUCAUAAUUUGCCUUGAUCUCGAUCUGAAUUGAUAGAAAAAUGUUCCUCUUCUAACAGAUUUCUUCCUCCAACAUCUAUUAUAUCGAAAGACCACAUCAUCAAGAUAGUUUGAACAAGGUCCACAAGUCAUUUGAUUACCACAAUUACAAAUAAACUAACUUUUUAGUAGUCUCAUUUGUUGUAGCCGCUGAAUUAUUACAUUUUCUCUAAAAUCUACUGUAAACCAAUCGUACAUGAACAUCAGGUCAGUCAGUCAGUAACAACGUAGAACUUCGUACGUACGUACAUCAGUUCGAGUUGCCAUACCACAUUAGCACAGAGAUGCAGUUAUUGAUUCAAAUCCCGUAGUGGUAGAGGCGGUAAGAGCAUAAGCAGUAAUUGGAAAGAUUAGGGUUUAAAGAUGUUAUUUAAAGAGUAUAAUCCAGUGAAAUAAAUUUGGAAAGAGAAAUAAAGGGACAUGAAGAAUUCAGAAGAUUAGAAUUUGUGAGAACACAAAGAGUGUAUGCACCUGCGCCAUCGUAAAUGAUUU